AUGCUUUCUCCAAGAUAUCUCUCUCUCCUCUCUUUCAUUCUCUUGUCCCUAAUUGUUUACCCUUCUCAUGCCCAAAACUCUCCACAAGACUAUGUCAAUACACACAAUGCUGCUCGAUCGCAAGUGCGUGUCCCAAACAUUGCAUGGGACAACAACUUACAAUCUUAUGCACAAAGCUAUGUCAAUUCAAGGCUUGGUGAUUGCAAUCUUGUGCACUCCAAUGGACCGUACGGAGAGAACCUCGCCAAGGGCAGUGGCGAGUUCACCGGAGCAGCAGCGGUGGAUUUGUGGGUUAAGGAGAAGCCUAACUAUGACUACAACUCUAACUCUUGUGUGGGUGGAGAGUGCUUGCAUUACACUCAAGUGGUUUGGCGGAACUCGGCUCGAGUAGGGUGCGCUAGGGCUCGGUGCAACAAUGGGUGGUGGUUUUUUUUUUGCAACUAUGGUCCUCCGGCGAACUAUAGAAACCAGCGUCUCUACUAAUGAAUGAAGAUCACAAGCAACUAUAUAUAUGAUAUAUCAUGAAAUAAAGCUAUAUGUUUAUGAACUUUGGAUUGAAACUCAAAUAAAAAAUAUUACUGAAUAA